AUGGCCGAAAAGACUCCCGUCCUUACGGAUAAGGCACCAAAGCCCUUGGCUGGCAUUUACAGCCAGGCCAUCAAGGCCAACGGAUUUGUCUUCGUCUCCGGAGCUGUUCCUAUGGACGCCGCGACGGGAAAAAUAGUCGACGGUGACAUUCAAGCCCACACUCACCAGUGUAUCAAGAACCUUGGUGCCAUCCUUGAAGCGUCCGGCUCCGACCUCAACAAGGUUGUAAAAGUCAACGUCUUCCUCUCCGAUAUGGACAACUUCGCAGCCAUGAACGAGAUCUACAGCCAGUAUUGGGGUGAAGUAAAGCCUUGCAGAACAUGCGUUGCCGUUAAGACACUGCCACUCAAUGUGGACGUCGAGAUUGAGUGCACCGCAACUUACUGA